UUUGGCGGAGUGUUGCGAACAGUUGCGGGAGCGCGUGAGGCGGGAGCGGCCGCGCCGGCACCGGCCGAGGCAGAGUGGCCAUGGCCGUGUCCGCGCCGCCCGUCAUCUCCGCGGCGUCCGGCGGCAGCGGCGGCAGCGGCGCAGGGGGCUUGUUCCGGGCCGAGCCCCUGUACUCGCCCAGCCCCGCCGAGUCGCCCCGGCUCGCCAACAGCCUCAUCAACACUUUCAUCUCGGCGGGCGGCGGCGGGGCAGGCGGCGGCGGGGGAGGCGGCAACGAGUGUAAGAUGGUCGAUCUGCACGGGGUGAAGGUGGCGUCGUUCCUGGUGGAGGGGCAGGAGCUGAUCUGUCUGCCGCAGGUCUUCGACCUCUUCCUCAAGCACCUGGUGGGGGGGCUGCACACGGUCUACACCAAGCUGAAGCGCCUGGAUAUAUCGCCCGUGGUGUGUACGGUGGAGCAGGUCCGCAUCCUGCGCGGGCUGGGGGCCAUCCAGCCCGGCGUCAACCGCUGCAAGCUCAUCACCAGGAAGGACUUUGAAACUUUGUACAACGACUGCACCAACGCCAGCUCACGACCAGGAAGACCCCCCAAGCGUUCUCUGGGAGUUGCAAUUCAAGAAAAUGCACGUCUUCUGCCCCAUGGAGUCCCAGGCCUCUUAUCGCCAGGACUUAUCUCCCCGACAGAUUUAAGAACUUUGUUUUUUCCUGAUGAAACCCAGAUAAAGUUUGCAAAGCUCAAGACUCUUCAAAUCCAAGGUCUAACAGCAGCUGCCAUGGCAGAGGCCAUGAAGUUACAGAAGAUGAAACUUAUGGCAAUGAACAGUCUCCACGGAAGUGGAAGUCAAAAUGGAACGGAAUCAGAGAAUGAAGAACUCAAUUCUAAUGCAGGCGGGAGCGAGUCUUCCUGGGAUAAAGAGAAACUUCAGUCUCCUAUUACAACAGGAUCACAGCAUGGUGUUGGUCAUGCCACACUGUCAGGGCAGUCCAGCCUCGGAAGUGCACAUCCCCUCAGUCCUCUCCAGCAAAAUCACCUACUCACCAACAGGAUAGAUCUGCCAUUUAUGAUGAUGCCCCACCCCCUCCUCCCUGUCAGCCUACCUCCUGCUUCUGUUGCAAUGGCAAUGAAUCAAAUGAAUCACCUCAAUACUAUAGCUAACAUGGCUGCUGCAGCCCAGAUGCAUAGUCCUCUUUCCAGAGCAGGCGCAUCUGUUAUAAAGGAGAGAAUUCAAGACAGUCCUUCUCCUGCUCCAUCUCUGGAAGAUAGUCAGAGACCUGGAAGUCAUGCUUCUUCACAUCAGAGCAGUAGUGUGUCCAGCUCUCCAUCCCAGCUUGACAACACGCCAGAUAGAAUUGCUAUGCUGACCAACACUAGAGAUGGAGAACUCCUUGAUCAAGAUACUGGGACCAACAUAAAGAAACUUCAAAAGGAGAAAGGCUGGAGUUUCACUUUCCAAUCCUUAUUUCCCAUGCUUAAGGAGACAGAAGAUGAAAAACAGCAGUUUGCUGAAUCAAGAACAAACUUUCUAGUAGCCUUCAAUGCAAUUUCCAUGGAAGAGGUCCAAAUUGCCAUUCCAAUAAUGAAACCAACCUUAGAAAAAGUCCAACUGGCUGGACAGACCUUGCCUCCUGGAUUUCCUGCACCAUUUCUUUUUGCUGAUGGCCUUUCAUCGGUAGAAACUCUAUUAACCAAUAUUCAGGGUCUGUUGAAAGUGGCUGUGGACAAUGCCAGAGUCCAGGAAAAACAGAUACAGCAAGAAAAGAAAGAGUUAAAGAUGGAGCUUUGUAGAGAGAGAGAACUCAGAGAGAGCUUGGAAAGACAACUUACAGCCGAACUGCAAAGCAGAGGUACGUGGAUGAAGAAUGAAGCAACGAUUCAAAAACGCUUGAAGAAAGAGAAAAAAGCAAAGAGAAAAUUGCAGGAGGCCCUGGAGUUUGAAUCAAAGCGAAGAGAACAAGUGGAACAGGCACUUAAACAGGCCACGUCAGGAGACAGUCUCAGGAUGUUAAAUGAUGCUGGGAUCCCAGAUAUGGAAAUAGAACACAAUGGAACCCAACAUGACAGUGCUGCAAUGCAAGAAAACAGAACAUACAUCAAACCUACCAUCAUGUACUGAAAGAAACUCCUAUUGUUGAAAAAUGUAUAAUGAUCACUAUCUGAAGACUAUAUAGUUCAUGAAAAAUGUCCCUACCAACCUUUGAUGCCUUCAGUGCUGUGUGAAGAAAAGGAUUUGUAGCAUGAAACUUGAAGGACAAUUUCAAGCAAUUUACUGUUGCUGCAUCGAAAACUGCCGUAUUGUCAUUAAGAAAUAUUGAGACUUUUUACAAGCUUACCAUACCAAACCAAGCCUGUUGCAACAGAUCAUUUUUAGGUCCCAGAAGAUAGAAAGAAGUUUUAGUAUUUUUAAGCACAUACAGGAAUUAUUCCCCAAAAAAGAACUAAUUUUUUUUAAGGAGGUAGCGAUUACUGUAUAGCAAUGGCACAAUGAUUUUAAGCCACAAAGGUCCUCACUGGCUGUACAUCAUACAAGUCCAGUUUAUCACUGAAACUGUCCAACAUGGAGCUGUUUCAAUUGUGUUUAUAAAUUAAGCUUUGUUUACUAAGCUGAUACUCCAUAUAUAUUACGUUUUGAAGAGAAAUGUGUGUACAUUUUUUAAAACGAUGUAAAAAUUGUCCUUUCAUUAGAUGACCAAUUAAAGAGUGUGAGCUAAACCCUAAUAGCUGAUGUAAUAUGAGGAUUAUAAUUGAUGCUUUUUUAUGCUCAGUUCAGCUUGGCUUUUGGUCUUUUAAGAUGAAAAAAUGAAUAUGCAGUAGUGUUAGACAAUGAAAACUUUUAAGUAUGGUUUCUCUGUUGUACCAUAUUAAGUUAAAGUACACAUUCUUUGUUAAAAUGUUCUUGCUAAGAAUACAGUAUUAAAAACUUUUUGUUUGA